UGAGCGCAGCCACUGCCCAUCGCAGACCGUGAAAAAGCUCCUGGAAGAACAGAGGCGCCGCCAGCAACAGCCUGACGCCGGUGGGGCACCGGGACAGUUCCCACCUCCCCUGGCCCAGCCCCUGACUCCAUCUGUGAACGAGGGUGAGGUUGGCCAUACUCACUUCCCAGCCCACCAGGAGGCUGUGGGUUCUGGACUUGGCAGCCUGGUCCCCACCACAGGCUUUCCAGACUGGAGCCCCAACACCCUUGCUGCCUACACAGACAGUGCCUACUCUUAUCCUACUUCUGCUGCUGAAAGUUUCCUGACUUCUGACUUCUGCCCACUCUCGGACCCAGGGCAGCCAUAUCCAUUUCUCCUGGGGAUGGAGGACCCCCUGGAUACCCAGCUUUAUGUAGAACCUUCCCUGCCACAGGUGGGAUCCUGGAAAGGUUCUGGACUCCCCUCAGGACCCCCACAGUUACCCUCUUUGGUCACUGGACCAUCCCUCGACUCAGCCCGUGCUCAAAUGCUGGCCUUGGGUCCACAGCGGCUGCUGGCCCAAGACGAGGAGGGAGACACGCUCCUGCACCUGCUGGCAGCUCGGGGGCUGCGUUGGGCAGCAUACGCUGCAGCUGAGGUGCUCCAAACAUACAGACAUCUGGACAUUCGUGAGCAUAAGGGCAAGACUCCUCUCCUGGUGGCUGCUGCUGCCAACCAGCCUCUGAUUGUGGAGGAUCUAUUGAACCUGGGAGCUGAGCCUAAUGCUACUGACCAUCAGGGACGUUCUGUCUUGCAUGUGGCUGCUACCUAUGGCCUCCCAGGAGUCCUCUCGGCUGUGAUUAACUCAGGGGUUCGGGUUGAUUUGGAAGCCAGGGACUUCGAGGGACUCACCCCCCUCCAUACAGCCAUCCUGGCUCUCAAUGUUGCUAUGGUCUCACCUGACCCCUGUUCCCGGGUGCUGAGUAUUCAGGCCCGAGACCGGCUGUCUUGCGUCCAAAUGUUGCUGCAUAUGGGUGCUGAUCACACCAGCCAGGAGAUCAAGAGCAACAAGACUGUUCUGCAUUUGGCUGUGCAGGCCGCCAACACCGUCCUAGUUCAGCUGCUGCUGGAGCUGCCACAGGGAGACCUGAGGGCCUUUGUCAACAUGAAGGCCCAUGGGAACACAGCCCUCCACAUGGCAGCUGCCCUGCCCCCUGGGCCACACCAGGAGGCCAUAGUGCGUCACCUGCUGGCAGCUGGGGCAGAUCCAGCAUUGCGAAACCUGGAGAAUGAACAGCCCAUCCACUUGUUGCGGCCUGGGCCGGGCCCUGAAGGGCUCCGGCAGCUAUUGAAGAGGAGCCGCGUGGCACCCCCAGGCCUGUCCUCUUAGGACUCAAAACCCAGAACCUGGACUGAUUUUCCAGUCCCCACCGUCCUGUGGGACAGCCAGCGUAUGCUAAUGUUGCAAAUCCAUGAUAAUGUAUGUGGAAUGUCCUGCCCUUGGGGUCUUACAUUAAAACCUCAAAGUGGCUGCUGUGGUGGGGGUAAACAGUCCCCAAUAUUUGGGGUGAUGUACUAUCCCUCUCCCACCCACAAGGAGCCCCCUUGAUGAUUUCUGUGAAAUCGAGGCUCCUUGAUUGUUUCUGUGAAACACCCUGAACCCCUACCCCUAUCCUCACUUAGCUAUUCACACCUGGAACCCGAGAUGCAAUUCCCCUAAAUGAUACUUGGGGCAUCCCAAAACAGCUCCCAGUAUCACCCCAAUAGAAUUCUUAAGAUGAACCCCCAACCUCUUCAGGUCUUUAACCCUGGGUCCUACUGCUUUCUAAUUCAGAGCUCACCCAAGCCCCUAUCUCGGACCUUUACAUUUCCAGUGAAUCUCUUUAUGAAACUCCCUAUUAAACUCAAUUUGGGCCUGGCUA